UCGAUCGGUGAUCGCCAUCGCACAGGAAUUCGUUGUCCACUCGUCAAAGAGGACCAAACGUGACACAAUCUUUCGUUCCGUGCGACCGGGAAUUUCAGUCGAGUUUACGCGCUAACACCUGUUCUUAGUCGAUCUCUUCGGAAACCCUUUGAAACCCCCGACGUUAACGCACUCGUGCCGAAAGCCAGUAGCCAAGUGAUGGAUAUCUAUAACGUGCAGUGUACGUGAACACCGUAUUUGGACUAGCAUGCUUCCUUAUCAGAAAAGAUUCUCGAUACGGAAGAAGGAACGAUGACACAGAGUAAUCUGGAUGCUGCUCCAGAGUUUCAGGGGGAAGCUGUGAUCGCACGUUCCGAUGUUGCAGCUUCGCAAAGAAUUCAAAGACGUAUCAACAAAACGAUGAGGCAUCGAUUGCUUUGGUCGAAUCAAGUAUUUCAAGGGCACUGCUUAAACCCGGAUAUUUCAUUUCACGGGCUGUGAAUAUCUCAAGGAUCUCAGAAACUCGUAUCACGCUCGACGGUGCCCUCUUCAGGUUUAGGAAAAGAGGUCGAAAAUGAUUCAGUUGCACGGUAUGCAAAUUGCACAUUGCACCAGCGCAAACGAAGGUCAUCCCGAACCUUCCAAUUAACAGAUGCGGCGCAGUUGCGAUCAGAUACCAUAAGUGAUCGAGCGACAUCAUCACCUAUAUACAUAUAUGUAUACGUAUACAUUUGGUAGUAAUUACAUACGCGCGGAAAAUCGCUUAAAUAUAUUUAAGUAAAAGUGGCCCAAGGACGUACGUUUGACAGAUCUUGCGUACAACUAACCCAAUUGUAGUGAAAGAGGAUCUGGCACGAGUAAAACAUGGCAAGUACGUUCAGUGAGCUCGGAUAAAGAUUACAGAACCCGACGAAAUGCCAGAAAUGUAAAAUUCGGCAGCAAACAAGGUGUGAUAAAUUGUCUCGGGGUGAAGAUAUUAUUCUAUUAUAAAUAUAUGACAUCAGGACAUAAUAAGUUGGAGACUCACGACUCGAAACUGGAUAUUUUGUGUCUCGAUUAUGUCUAUUAGCAAUUAACCUUUUCGUUGAUGAAUUACUUAGUCGCAUCUAUACCCUCUUAGCUGAAUUAAUUUCACAUUUUACUGUGUAAUAGUUAUAAAAUCGUUUUUAAUUCAUUAAAAAAAAAAAAGAAAAAAAGACAUACUUUGUCGUUUGUAGCACAAAAACACAUAAAUUUUAUAUACUUCCUUUCCCCUCUAUAUAAACGUGAUUUUUUUCAUAGUCUCUGCAGCAUUACUCGUAUUUACAUUAAUCCUAAUCUAUUUGACUUUCAAUUCAAUGACGUCAAAGUAUGGAAAAUGCCUUUCGAGGAGAGAACAACAGUCAUUAAAAAUGCUCGCUUAUUACGCAUCUAUCACGAAAGAUAUCCUGCUACAAUUCCAUUGUUAUCCAUGCGUAUAAAUUUUGUAAAUAUAAAUCGAAUUCAAAGUUUACAUACUGCUGAUCAGAUAAUUGCCAUGUCGUUAAUAUACGGCUUGUUAAACCAAACUCAAUGAAACAAAAAGCGACGUUUACGAUUAUCCCUUCUCCUUGAUAUAGUUGAUAAGAAUCAGCAAAUCAACAUUAUGAAACCAGUGUAAGUUAAUCUCAAGUCCAAUACUUUUUGUGAGUACUUCUUGAGCAAAAAAAAAACGGGCCGUAAUUAUAAAUACGACAUGGUCUCUGUAUGUGUCUUUCCGCGUUCUUGAAAUCGAUUGCGAAUGUGACGUGCGUUCUAUGCAUUAAUUUAUUCUGCGAUUUUACAGAUUACUGAGAAAGCAUAUGUAAUGCGUAUGGGAUUCCAACUUGGAAGUCCCAAGUCUGUGGGUUAUUCUUGUUAGUUACGGAAUCACGGACCGUUGAUGCAUUCUACCAUCACUGAAUAAUAAUUUAAACAUAAAUUCAAUAUUUUCAAUUUUGAAGCAUACCAAGUUUGAAGGUGGAAACUUGACAUGUCCUUUCUUCGUACUUGAUGCAGUUGACCGUAUUUUAGAACCAUCGACCACGAAACACUAUCUAUAUCUGUAUGCAUAUUUAAAAACUAAAGUCUGAUAAAUGAACAUGAUGUCACACAUGUCCAAGAAACGUGGCUGCCGGUGUAAAUAAAAAUUGACUUGUUUAUUUAUAAACGAGUGACAUUGACGUCUGUUCGUGAACAUUGUUCAAACAAAUGCAACCGAGUCUGCCUUGUAAUCAUCGAAAUUUAAAAUCGAUUCAUUUUCAUUUAAAUUGCAGCUUGUUUUUAGGAAUACACGGCGAUUCUACAUUCCUUUCAGGGAACGCAAGCGCAAGUCAAAUGCGUCACGUCCCAUCGAUUAAAGAUGAAUAUCAGAAGAAGCUCCACAUUGAGAUUUUUAUAAUCUCUAAACAUUCUCGUACCCCGCAGCGUUUUCGUUUCGUGUUUUCGUAGUUUCGUAACUGACGUAAAACGUUUACAUCUGUCGAUCCGUCGAACGUUCCUGAAAGUGCUCGUAGCUUUUUAACUACGACUGGCGGACAUUGUCCAGCAAGAUCGUACCGUUACUUUCGAUCUCAAGGCAUUGAAGUCUCCAGAUUUGAAAGACUUCCUUCAAUACUUUACUGCGUUUUAGAAUCUUACUAAACAUUUUAUGGAAAUUUAAUAAAUUCUAUUUAACAAACGGUUUGAAUGAAUCCAUAACAAAGAGAAAUCCAUAAUAUUAGUAUCAACGAGACUGUUAUUCGUUUUUUAUGGCACUGUUGAAUAAUGUUAAAUUUUAAACGACGUUUGCCGCCGUCAUUAUCCAUGCAGAACCGUAUACGGGGAAAUUGAAGGUUUCCUUGUAUUUUCACCGAUUAUCGAACACAAGUAGACUUAUUAUACCUCGUAACCGGAGGAUUUAUAUUUGCUCUUAGCUCGUAGAAAUAGUUACUGGUUGUUGCAAGAGGAAACGUUAACGAUCAUUGCGUACUCGACUUUAUUACACGUUCGUCGAAGUCUUUCACUUCUUUUUUCAAUAAUUCAUGGUAUCGUUGAUGAUUUUCAGCUAAAAUUCAGUCAACGUUUUGCUCUCGAUAAACUCCUAUUUCAUCGUUUUUUCUUUUUGUUUUAAAUCAGGCAAAAUUUUUUUUUAGAAAUUCAGAUUUAUUAUACUGUUCCCGCGAAAUGUAUAUCAAACUGUUUGAAUGUUCCGUUUGCUAUACUAGGGAGAUUUCAUAGUAUCCAUUCUUGCCAACUGUGAGAUCUUAACUCUCGCGACGAACUUCAACGAUCUGUUGUUGUUAUCAAGAUAACCUUCAUUUCAUAGUGGUUACAAAUAACAACAUUAUUAAGAAAUGGUGAAAUUAACGCCAGAUUUAAUACAACAAUCUAUGCAGUAUAUAAAUCCUGUAAAGGAUCGUGAAUUGGAUCUGAGAGGAUACAAAAUACCUACGAUCGAAAACUUGGGCGCAACUCUGGAUCAGUUUGACACUAUAGAUUUCUCAGACAAUGAUAUUAGGAAGUUGGAUGGGUUUCCUUUAUUAAAACGAAUCAAGACGCUCUUUUUCAACAAUAAUCGUAUUGUUAGAAUUGGGGAAGGAUUGGAGCAUUGCAUACCAAACUUAGAAACCCUUAUGCUAACUGGAAAUAUGAUUCAAGAACUUGGUGACUUGGAACCACUGACCCAGUUAAAGAAUUUGACUAAUCUUUGUCUACUACAAAAUCCAGUCUCUGCAAAACCUCAGUACAGGCAAUAUGUCGUAUAUAGGUUUCCACAACUUAGGCUUCUAGAUUUUAGGAAAAUUAAAAUGAAGGAGCGCGAAGCUGCAAUUGCUUACUUUAGAAGUAAGAAAGGAAAAGAAAUGGUUCGUGAGAUAGCUAAAAAGGCAAAAACACAAGCUACUGGUGCAUUUACGGAUAAACCUUUAACCACACUAGAGGAACGCAACAAAAUUAGGGAGGCUAUUACGAAUGCUUCUUCCCUUGAAGAAGUACAACGUCUUAGUAAAUUGCUUCAAGCUGGACAUAUGCCUAAUGAGGAAAGGCUACAAACUGGAAACAAUAUACCUGAAGCAAUGGAAGAAGAGGAUGAUUAAAUUUUUCAGAUAUAAUAAAACAAGAAUGAUCUCUUUUAUUGCUGUAAGUAUUUGAUUGAUACUCUUCGCAGAAGCAAGAACAGUUUGUUAAGCUAAUAAGAAAUGUGCUACACAACUUGAAUGUUUGUUAAGAAAUAAUUUAAAUUUUCAAGAAUAAAAUUAUUGAUAUAACCUAAUUGCCCUGAAGCGAUUUUAUAAAUGAAUAUCAGGCUACCAAUCACCUUUCAAAUUCUUUACAAUUUUUAAUAUAUGUAUAUGUUUAUUUCAGCGAU